GGAGCCUUCUGGAAGCUGACUCCCUUUCCGAGAGCGCUCACGCCGCGGUACCUUUUUAUAUCGACUUCGCUAGCUGUGUUGCUUCGCCAUGUCUGCCGUGAAAGCUCUAAAUCCCAAAGCAGAGGUCGCCAGGGCCCAGGCCGCACUGGCGGUUAACAUCAGUGCCGCCCGGGGACUCCAGGACGUGCUUAGGAGUAACCUGGGACCAAAAGGGACCAUGAAAAUGCUGGUGUCUGGUGCAGGGGACAUAAAGCUAACCAAAGAUGGCAACGUCUUGCUCCACGAGAUGCAAAUUCAGCACCCAACAGCAUCACUCAUCGCAAAGGUUGUCACUGCACAGGAUGACAUUACAGGAGAUGGAACAACCUCCAGUGUCCUCAUCAGUGGUGAACUGCUGAAGCAGGCUGACCUUUAUGUAUCAGAGGGUCUUCAUCCAAGGAUCAUUGUUGAGGGCUUUGAGGCAGCAAAAGAGAAAGCACUGGCUGUUCUUGAAGAGUUGAAGGUGACUCAGGAAAUGAGCAGAGAGACCCUCAUCAACGUUGCAAGGACAUCCCUGAGGACCAAGGUCCACGCUGAGCUGGCAGACCUUCUUACUGAGGCUGUAGUAGAUGCUGUGCUGGCUAUUGCCAAGCCCAAUGAAGCCAUUGACCUGUACAUGGUAGAAAUCAUGGAGAUGAAGCAUAAGACCGACUGCGAUACACAACUGAUCAGAGGUUUGGUGUUGGACCAUGGUGCUCGACAUCCAGACAUGAAGAAGAGGGUCGAGGAUGCCUAUGUAUUGACUUGCAACGUCUCUUUGGAGUAUGAGAAGACGGAAGUCAACUCUGGCUUCUUCUACAAGAGUGCAGGAGAGAGGGAGAAGCUUGUGGCCGCAGAGAGGAAGUUCAUCGAGGAUCGUGUGCGGAAGAUCGUUGCCCUAAAGAACCAAGUCUGUCCUGAUGGGGAGAAGGGUUUUGUUGUCAUUAAUCAGAAGGGUGUUGACCCUUUCUCCCUGGAUGCCCUAGCAAAGGAAGGUAUUGUAGCUCUGCGCAGGGCAAAGAGGAGGAACAUGGAAAGACUCUCCCUUGCUUGUGGUGGCAUGGCCAUGAAUUCAGUUGAUGGCCUCACUCCUGAUUGUUUGGGACAUGCUGGCUUGGUCUAUGAACACACACUGGGAGAGCAGAAGUACACGUUCAUUGAGAAAUGUAGCAACCCUCGCUCAGUUACCCUGCUGGUGAAGGGACCCAACACACACACCAUCACACAGAUCAAAGAUGCUGUCAGGGAUGGAUUGCGGGCAGUUAAGAACGCCAUAGAAGAUGGCAGUGUCGUGGCUGGCGCAGGUGCAUUUGAGGUGGCUGUGGCAGAUGCUCUGGUCAAACACAAGCCCAGUGUGAAAGGCAGAGCUCAGCUGGGAGUCCAAGCAUUUGCAGAUGCUCUCCUAGUUAUCCCCAAGGUUUUGGCCCAGAACUCUGGCUAUGACCCACAGGAAACACUUCUGAAGCUGCAGACAGAGUACAAAGAGUCCGGUCAGCUUGUUGGAGUCGACCUCAGCACAGGGGAACCCGUUGUGGCAGGGGAAGCAGGAAUCUGGGACAAUUACAGUGUGAAGAAGCAGCUCCUCCAUUCAUGCGCUGUGAUUGCCAACAACAUUCUGCUGGUAGAUGAGAUCAUGCGAGCUGGGAUGUCUUCUCUCAGAGGUUAAUGGUCAGCCAGAGAAACAUCAGCUGUUUAUUAUACGCACUGGGAUAGCCGUUUAUCUGAAGGUCCAGUCAACGCGUCCCGUUCUUGGCACCCUGAAGCACCCCAGUCUGAUGGACAGCUUGCUGUAACCAUCACAGCGUCCACCAGUGUCCGUCAGACACCAUUGUUCUGCUAGUCAUGGUUUUAUUUACAUGGAUUUGUCAAUUCCUCCUACUGAUUGGAUUAUUUAUGAGAUUUUGUUAAAAGCACUGACCUCUGCCAUUCAGUUUUCUGUUUACCUAUUAAAGGUUUUCCUGGUUAUUCAA